AUGAGUACAGAAGAUCCCGAGGACAUACUCUCUGGUUCUUUGCAGAUACUGUACGAUUACAAACCUGUAACGCUGACUUCUGCAGGCUCGGUCUUUUCUUACACCUCCGAUAACAUUCCAGGAAACCCGAUUACCCUCCGCACGCCCGACACUCAUCCAUCCAACUGGUCACUGCAUGCAUCAUCCAUCUGGGCAUCAUCUCUGUUCCUUGUUGACCACCUGCAGCUCCUAGAUCUCCCCGAAUCUCCGGUGGAAUCAUUUCGCGUACUGGAGCUCGGGGCAGGGGCAGGGCUCCCAGGAAUAUCGAUGGCCCGUAAACAUCCCUCAAUACAAGUGACAGUAAGCGACUAUCCUGAUGAGGAACUUAUCCGGACAUUAGAGGGAAAUAUCGCCAGGAACGACGUGCAAGGCAAUUGUCGUGCUGUGGCCUAUGCAUGGGGAUCAGAUCCGUCGGCGCUCAUUGGUGAAGAUGGCUUUGAUGUGGUAGUUGCCGCGGAUACGCUCUGGAAUCCGGAUUUGCAUGUGCUCUUCAUCAGAGCGCUGCAGUCGGUGUUGAAGAGAUCUCCAACAGCGCUUGUUCAUCUCGUUGCGGGCCUGCAUACAGGGAGAUACACACUUCAGUCGUUUAUCAUGGCCGCCGAGAAGGCAGGGUUUGCUGUCCUACAGGCAACAGAGACGGAGACAGGUGGUUCUGAUACGCGGCCAUGGUGUAUCUCGAGAGCUGAAGGAGAGGAUGAGAAAGAGAGAAGGCGAUGGGUAGUCUGGAUUAUCUUGAAAUGGGCAUCACCAACCAAGUAA